ACCGCCAUUUUCAAUUCGAGUUUCUAAACAAACACAGGGCAGUGUAACAAACUAUUGUUUUGAAAAUGAGUACGCCUAGUGAAGUUUCAACCCCCGCAGGGGAUAAUAAUGCCAAGGAGUUAAACGAUUUCCUCAUGAAUACAGAAGAGCAACGGCUGGCAUCUUUUUCAGACUGGCCGUUUGAGAACGACUGCAACUGCAUCCCGAGCAAGAUGGCAGCAGCUGGGUUUUACCACAGCCCAACUCCUCAAGAGCCAGACUUGGUUCGAUGCUUUAUGUGCUGCAAGGAACUUGACGGAUGGGAACCAUCAGAUGAUCCGAUGGAGGAGCAUAAAUCCCAUGCUCCGAAGUGUGCCUUCAUUAACAUAAAAAAGGACAAGGAUAUGACAAUUGCAGAGUUCUUGAAGUUAGAAUCGGCUAGACAGCAAAACAGGGUUAAAGGAGGGGUUGAGAGUCGGAAGAAAGAGUUCAGUUACGAAGCACAGAAGACAAGAGAGGAGAUUGAGAACAUGGCUUGCAUGAAUUGAAUGUCUACACCUUUGCCAUGAGGCGGCCAUCUUGCGUUCUCCCAUUCAAAUCAAUGUAACCAAACUGAGGCUGGCAGGAGAAAUAGUCUGGUUCCUUUUUGUACAUGUAAUGUCAGCAUCAAUUACUGUAUGUGAUACAGGGGAAAUGACCAAGAUGGUGCCAGAUAAGUGUCAUGGUCAAGGGCUGCAGAAUUUAAGUUUAUAUCUCAAUGGAGUAUUUUUUGUGACUCUUAUUUUUGAACUAUUUGUUGUCUCUUGCAGAUUAAAAACUUGUUUGUUUUAACUCUGCCAUUUUAUAUACACAUGAAUCAAGCAAAUCUGUUGGUUCUGCCGUGUGUUUUACAUUUAUUUUAAUUGUGUUAAUUUUAUAUUCAGUAAACUAGAUUUAUUCAAACCCUAAUAAAUUUGGUGUAAAAAGUCCCCCCCCCCCCCCAUUUAAAUAUUUAUAAUUAGCUGGGAGACUGUAGUGGGCAGUUUGUUACUCUGUCAUGUAUAAUUGUUAAUUUUGAGGAUGUUUAGGUCACUGUCACUAAACCUAACCCUAACCACACUGUAAGCGAUGCAUUUUUGUAGGCGAGUUGGCUGUUUGUAGUUAGAAGUUGGCCGAUACCAAAUUUGAAAAAACCAGUGAUUUCAUUAAAAAAACAUCUUUUUGUAAAUAAGAAGCGUGUGGUUUGAUGAUCUUUUGUAGCGUUUGUCAUGUUUGCAAUGCAUUGUCUCUUUUGUUUAACCUUGUCC